AUGUCUGAUAAACGAAGACAAGCUGUCGCCCCGAAAACCAAGCAAGCUAUCGCACAGAAAAAGAGACGUAGACGUACUGAACCAGUUGUAAAUUCUCCUAGUAACAUGCCUAGCACACCGACUAAACACUCACCAAUGUCACCUGUACUCUCUCCAACGUCUCCUAAUAAAAUUUAUCCACAUCCACUUUCUACAAACUCGCGUCAACAAGCUAACGAAGAACGUUCAACUUCUUCUGCUGCCUCCUCUUCUGCUGAAGAAGAACCUGAAAAAUUAUUAACUGAAGAUGAAGAAGAUUUGGACGAUUAUUGUAAAGGAGGUUAUCAUCCGGUAAAAAUUGGUGAUAUUUUUAACGAAGAAACCGCUUUAGACGAAAUUAAAUUACUACAAAAAAUCGUUGACGCAAAUCCGGAUGCUCCAGGCCGGCGGCAUGUUGUUGAACUUUUGGAUCAUUUUCAACAUCGCGGUCCGAAUGGUGUCCACGUUUGUAUGGUAUUCGAAGUAUUAGGAGAAAAUUUAUUAAGCUUAAUAAAACGAUAUAAUCAUCGUGGUGUUCCUGCUCAUUUGGUAAAACAAAUAACUAAACAAGUACUUAUGGGAUUAGAUUAUAUGCAUAGGGAAUGUGGGAUAAUCCAUACUGAUUUAAAACCAGAAAAUGUAUUGGUUUGUAUCGAUAACGUAGAGGAGGUUGUUAAGAAUGAACUUUUGAAUGGUGUAAAACCACCGGCUACUUCUAAAAAAGACCUACAUCUUCGCAUUACUGGAAGUCAGCCUCUGUCAUCACCAUCUUCAGGGUCUCCGUCUCAAAAAUCUAUAAAUGCGUCUGAACAGACCAUAUUGUCAACACAAGGUAUGUCUAAAAAUCAGAAAAAAAAAUUAAAACAAAAAUUGAAGAAGAAAGCUGCAAAAGAAAAUGAAUCAUCAACAAAUGGUGUUGCAGAAGAUAAAGAUGUUGACGAUGAGGGAGAUGGUGUAAGCAGAGUUGAAGAUAAUUGUGAUAAAACUGAUGAUAUCGUUUGUGAUACACGGGAAUCAACAACAGAUAUUUUGGAACGUAACCUUAAUGAAAUUUCUCUUGUUGAUUCUAUCUCGCAUAAUAAUUCGUCAUCCUCCAUAGCCAUUUCUCCUACUUCUCAGACGAAAUUAUCACGAAAACCAUCUACAUCUGCAAAAUGGACCACACCUGACAUAAUUACUGUCAAAAUCGCCGACCUCGGUAAUGCUUGUUGGGUAGAUCACCACUUCACCAACGACAUUCAGACAAGACAAUAUAGAAGUCCGGAAGUCAUUCUAGGGGAACUUCGGCACAUUCAUAAACUUCGUCACUGGAAACUAGCGGACGUUCUCCAAGAAAAGUAUUUACUUCCACGUAAUGAUGCAGAAUUUAUGGCUGAUUUCCUAUUACCAAUGUUAGAUUUGAAUCCGGAUAAACGAGCGACUGCACGACAAUCAUUGAAUAAUCGAUGGCUU